AUGGAAGGUAUGGGGUUGAUGUCGCCGUCGUCACCCGAGGAGCUCGUCAGUUCGAUCAUUAGAAGCUACGGUCAACUACAGACGUCAAGAUACACGGCCAUUGCCUCCAUCACGCUCUUGGUAUAUGACUGGUUAAUUGCAUUAGAUAAGGAGGUCAAGUUUAUUUGGGGAAGGAGAUGGACAUUCGCUCGAAUAGUGUAUCACCUCAAUCGUGUUCUACCCUUAUUGUUAUUCAGCGUCAUCCUCAUGCCUAAUAUACUAUUUGCGCCGUCUUACUACACUGCUACGAUGUCAGCUCCCAAAUUCCUUAUUAUGAAGAGUCAGAAAAUAAUGCUUCAGCAGGUGCAAACGAAUAAUUCUAUCCUACAGCUAUGGUGUAGUAGUGCUAUUAGCGCUGUCGUGCACAACUUCGAUUAUUCGGUGUUGGGCGCUAUAUGGCCAACGGCCGGCCUGGGUUUAGAUGGGUCUUGUGGUGAGGCAAAUUUUAAUUAUCAUCCCGAGUGGUUGACCAAAACAGGUCAGGCUCUUGAUUCCCGCUCUUUUCCUGACGGUCGGGCACGCCCUGGCUCAGACCACACUUCAUAUUGGAAAUACCUUUUACUCGGCCAAUCCCCUCCGGGAGUUUUGGAAGGUUGUUUCGUCGUACUACCAAGUAACAUAUGGUUAGCGUACCUAUCGGGAGUAUUAUACGAGAGUCUGGUCUUUGGUCUACUAGUAUGGAGGAUCUGGCGGUUAUCAAGUGGGGUCGGAUUGACACCUCUGAUGAAACAGCUGCUUAAACACGGUGCUUCGUUCUUCGCUGUUAACUUUGGACUCAUGCUACUAUCUUGCGUCGGUAGUGGCUAUUCUGAAACAAUCAUUUUGGUCAAUGUUUCAGGGAUUCUAACCGCACUGUCUAGUAUAAUGUGCAGUCGUAUAUUCUUUUCUAUGCAUCAAUUCGCUUGCCUGGGUGGGGUUCAGGUCAAUGCGUGCCUUCCAGCAACUGAAUUCAGCGGGUCCUCGGCCAGCGAUCGACUGAACAUUGCGAUGGAGAGCUUAGGCAACGAUGGUUCCCAUACACGAAUUAGUUUGGGGGUCCCAAAUAAUAAAUGUUCCGACAUCAACUCGCCAACUCGAACUUCAUGGACACGGUUACCCCACAAGGUUCCUGUGUGA